AUGGAAGGAACAUCCAGCUCGUCCGCCGCCGGUAACACCUACUCCGUCGUGAUGAAUGCACUAACUAGCCGUGGCUGGUGCUUGAAAGACGUCGAUUACUUGAAGGCUAUGGUCAUUGAAAUCUCCUCCUCCAUCGGCGGCGGUAAUAAUCAAACAGGGGCGGUCGUGAAGUCAGUGGAGGCGGAGCUGCUUAACAUGGAUAUUAGGUUGAUCGGAGGUAAAUCCCUCCCCGACCCGACCGAGUUGCGCAGGUGUUCUCAUCUUCAAGGCCCCAAAGUUCUCCAGAUAAGUUCUGUUAGGGAUGUGACGAAAAGUAGCGCAGAGGAAUUUCUGGGAAGCUCGACUGGUAAACGAGUGCUAAAACUCGCCCUGACUGAUGGGAAGACAGAGAUAUCCGCGCUUGAGUACUCUCAUAUCCCAUCGAUUAACAAUGAUGUGACUCCUGGUACUAAGGUCCGUCUAGAAAAUAAGGCUGUGGUACGUGACGGUCUAGUAUGUUUGACAUCAAAAGAGGUGACUGUAUUGGGCGGUUAUGUGCAAUCACUCACUGAAGAGUGGCAGAUGAAGAAGAAAUACGCUAGUUUGUCUCGUUCAUCUGGAAGGCAAUCUCAGGAAGGCAAAGCUGGUGAUGGCCCUCCUCCAUUUGAGGAGUUGAAGAUUCGAACAGGUUCCCAUCACCAUGAUCACUACAAGACGACUUCUAGGAACAUUGUAGCUACUGCUGCAGAAAGCAGCGUAAAACAUACCGGUGGAGAAAAAGGUGGAACUAGUGAUAUUGAUGGGAACAAAAAAGGUACAGAUAAGAAUUUACAGAGGAAUCCUGCAGAUUCUGAUCAAAAAGUAUCUGUCAAAGUUGAAGAUCAGGAAAAGCCAAGCACUUCCGAUACAAGACCUAAACAAGUGGUGGAAGCUGUUCCUUUACAGAACCAAGCGGCUGCCCAGAUACUUCUUGAGAAGAUGAAACAUUCUUCAAAUGAAAGGCAGUACCAAGGAAGAAGAGGUAGAGGUAGGGGUAGAGGGAGGGGACGACAAGACGACGACUCUGCAGUAUUUACACUUGAGGAGUGGGAAAAGAGGAAUACUGGUGGGGCAGUUCUUGCAGCAGCCGACCAUCCCAGCGACACCACCCGCGAUGAAGAUCUUGCAUGGCAGCUUCAGAAUCAGUUUGAUCUUGAAGACUCUUAUGGACAGGAGGUGCAUGGAACUGGGGCAGCAGAUAUCAGAAUGAAUAUGUUUGAUUACGGGAGAGCAGACGAUAAUUUUGGCCAUGGAAGGGGAAGAGGAGGAGGAAGGGGAAGGGGAAGGGGAAGAGGGCGAGGACAAAGGCGGGGAAGAGGACGUGUUUAG